UUGUACCGAGCGUUAAUGGUCACAUUGUAUACAAUCACCGAAUAAAAAACUUUGCCGUUGUGGGAAACUUAUACGAAGCUUUGAAUAUUUUGGACCGUUCUCUGCCCCUCUCUCUCUCUCUCUCUCUCUCUACAGAGCUCACUGUUUUGUUCCCCUAGAGAGACUCCGAUCCCCAACCACUUCUCUCUUCUUAUCUCUCUUCCUGGUGUUCCCCAGUCAAAGCAGAACCACCAAGCCACGAAUCGCCUCAUCUCUUCCCCAAAUCAACCACAAAAGGGGAAGAAAAACAGCAGCAAUACAUCAAAAACACCCCACAAAUCGCAAGUCCAUAACCCCAUAUCUCUUCUUCUCCACUCUCUCUCUCUCUAAAGGAUCUACUGUAAGGAAUAUACUCUUCCUCUCUCUCUGUUUCAGCACCACCACCACCCUCCAAUCGCAAUAUGCCACCACCAAUGGCCACUUUAUCCCCCAUCUCUUCUAUAUCUCUAUCCAAUUCCUCUCUCUUCCUUCGCCUUCCCUCCUCUCGUUCUUCUCUCUCUAAACCCACCUAUUCACCCAUGUCCAUUAAAGCUCUCUCCGCACCUGUUCUCACUCAAGACCAGCUCAAGAAGCUUGCUGCCGAUAAAGCAGUCGAUUAUGUGAAGAGCGGAAUGGUUUUAGGCCUUGGAACUGGGUCGACUGCUGCAUUUGUGGUGUCAAAGCUUGGUGAGCUCUUGAAAGAAGGGGUACUCAAAGAUAUAAUAGGGAUACCGACCUCGAAGCGCACAGAAGAGCAAGCUGCUUCAUUGGGUAUUCCUCUCUCUCUCCUCGAUCACCACCCCAAAAUUGAUUUAGCCAUUGAUGGGGCCGAUGAGGUUGAUCCCGAGCUCAAUUUGGUGAAAGGGAGAGGUGGGGCUCUCUUGAGAGAGAAACUGGUCGAAGCUGCGUCGGCCCAAUUCGUUGUUGUGGCUGAUGAGUCCAAAUUGGUUGAUGGGUUGGGUGGAAGUGGGCUCGCCAUGCCUGUAGGAGUGGUGCAAUUUUGCUGGAGCUACAAUGCUAAGAGGUUGCAGGAUCUUUUCAAGGAGGAGGGGUGUGAGGUUAAGCUUAGGAUGGAUGGCGAUAAGCCAUAUGUUACGGAUAAUUCAAAUUAUAUUGUGGAUUUGUAUUUUGAGACGCCCAUUAAGGAUUCGAGAGCAGCCGGUGCUGAGAUUUCGAGGUUUGAGGGCGUGGUGGAGCAUGGGUUGUUCUUGGAUAUGGCGACCGCUGUGAUAAUUGCUGGUUCAGAUGGUGUUUCAGUCAAGACCAAAUGAUAUGCAGUGCAACUGCGCUAUUUUCGUCAAUAACUCUCUCUCUCUCUCUCUCUGUACAAGUUUUUCUCUUGUACAAGAGGGUGUUUUGCUGAUGUAAUGUCUUUUUUUAUUUAUAUUGAGAAUCUUAGCGAGAGGAAAAGGCAUGCCUGUAGAAGAAUAUAAGCUAUUUUCUGUUAAUGCUUUUGGUGUAUUUGAAAAACAAAAAGGAAAUUUUGGGUAUUGAAUUGUAUCCUCCAUUGUUGUGAAAUACUAGCGGAGGGCCUUUCAGACCGAUUCUAGUACCUGGGAAUGGAUAAUUCUGUUGCAGACUUUUGUUUA